UAGUGCAACACAGAGCAAAGUUUAUUAUCAUCGUCAUCAUAUACGUUAUUUCUUCAGAAGCGGAGUUGAAGCAGAGUAAAUCGGUUUGGAAGAGACGCAGUAAAAAUGUUUACUCUUAGAAGUAGCAUAUUUUUAAUACUUUGCGGAAUAUGCUGUGCAACAGCGUUCCAUAAGAAACCUUUAACUGCUCCUACGUUUAGUAGAACAUAUACAGUUAAAGGAACUUUAUAUAUACCGUAUGCAGAGAUUCGAGAGCCUUUCUAUGCAUGGUAUGAUGGCAAUAGUGGGUCUAGUAGGAUUGACUACUAUGGAGGAAUGGUUAAAACCUUUCAACUCUCACACAAAGGACAGUACGGAGCUAGCAUAAAAAUAGCGCCUGUUACUACAGAGUCUAUUUCUAACGAAGAAACCUGUCUUGAAGUAAAUGGCACUAAUAAAAACAAAAUAUAUCCUCAGUCCAUUGUUCCUGAUACAUCUGAAAUGGAGUGCAUUGGAGAGGAGAUGAUUAAUGGAUUAUUGUGCGAAAAAUGGCGACUUGUACAAGAAGUUGGAGAUAAAACAAACAAGUAUACGCUUUGGAUACGUUAUAAGAAAGUAUCAUAUUUACCAUCAGUCAAGGAACCUAUACCUGUGAGAUAUGAAAUGAAAGGAUUUAAUAGUCUUUUGGGUUCACAUUAUGAUCAUUAUUACUUAGAAUACGAUUGGUAUUCCUAUGAGCAACCUUCUGAUGAUGUCUUCAAAAUUGCAGAAAAUGCCACGUGUGUUAGUUUUCCUGGCCCAGGUGAAAAUCACAUAUACACUUUUAAUCCAAUGUAUGAAUUUAUUCAUCAUGACGAAGACCAUCUGCACGAAGCAUUUGACAAGUUCAAAAAGACCCAUCAGAGAGAAUACAAGGAUAUUUUAGAUGAUGUGCGCCGCAAGAACUUGUUCAGACAAAAUAUAAGAUUUAUCCAUUCUACAAAUCGCGCUAAUUUGGGCUACCAAUUAGAGGUGAAUCAUUUGGCAGACCGGAACGAUCUUGAAUUGAAGGCUUUACGAGGCAAGCAAUAUACUCCAGGUUACAAUGGUGGAGCUCCAUUCCCACAUGAUAUCGACAAGGAAAUCAAAAAUGUUCCCGAUAGCAUAGAUUGGAGAUUAUAUGGUGCAGUGACACCAGUUAAAGAUCAGUCCGUUUGUGGUUCUUGUUGGAGUUUUGGUAGCACUGGAGCAGUAGAAGGGGCGUACUUCAUGAAGUACAAAAAGUUAGUACGUCUGUCUCAGCAGGCUCUCAUUGACUGUUCAUGGGGCUUUGGUAAUAAUGGUUGUGACGGUGGAGAAGAUUUCCGAUCAUAUCAGUGGAUUAUGAAACACGGUGGUUUGCCUACUGAAGAUGAUUACGGCGGUUAUUUGGGACAAGAUGGAUAUUGUCACAUAAAUAAUAAUUUAACAUUAACAGCCAAGAUCACGGGUUACGUUAAUGUUACUCCAAACAAUGUAGAUGCUUUAAAGAUCGCUAUUGCUGAACAUGGUCCUAUUUCAAUCGCUAUUGAUGCGCGCCUCAAGACAUUUUCUUUCUACGCUAAUGGAGUGUACUAUGAUCCCACUUGUGGUAAUACCGAGGAUAAACUUGACCACGCUGUUUUGGCUGUUGGAUAUGGCACUUUGAAUGGAAAAGACUAUUGGUUGGUAAAGAAUUCUUGGUCGAAUUAUUGGGGUAACGAUGGAUAUGUUUUAAUUGCCCAGAAAAAUGACAACUGCGGAGUUCUGCUUGCUCCUACGUACGUUACUAUGUAAUUAUAUCUUUAUUUUUUUAAAUUUGUACAUUAUUUACAGCUCUCUAAUGUCUCCAAUAAACAAAUAGUUGUAAGUAAAUGAAAAUAAGAGAGGCUGCAUAAAAUAUAUUUAGUUAUUUAGCAACAUAUUUCGUGAUGAGCAAUAUAAGCUGUAAUUGUUGGAGAUACUUACUAUGUUUGUUAUAUAAUAAAGUGCGAAAAUUAUUAUAAGGGAGAAUAAAGGAACAUUUUUCAAUUAAGAAAAGUGUCCAUUUAAAACAGUUUUUAUUGGCAUUAAAAGACGAUUAUUUAGAAAAUAACUUUAUGUGAGAAAUAUACAGAGGAAAACGUAGCACACAUUGAUGUAGGGUGAAUAUUUUCUUGUUAAAUAAUAAGUUUUAACUUAUUUUUUAACAAAGAAUCGCUCGAUAUUCAAUAUGUACUACGCUUUCCGCCGCAUAUAUAUGCAAUAUGUAUAAACAAUACUAUUACUGAAAUCUGAAGUAUAUUAAUAAUAAGCGAGGCAAAUUGAAAUAAUCGCAGAAUUGAAACAGGCGUAUACGUUUCCUAUAGAAUAUUGUUUUAUCUUUAAAAUUGCUAUUUUUAAUUAAUAUUUAAUACAACAAUUUCGUAUAAUUCAAAUUAAUAUAAUGUGAGCUGAAUUUAUCGGUAAUUUUGUUGCCAAAGGACAAAGUAAUUUUUGCAUUUUGUUUUGUUUUUUUUGAGACCCGAAAGUUAAUAUGAUAUUUUCCAAUAUAUUUGUUUUAAUAACUUUGUUAACGAAUAUAAUACGAUAUAUUCAGAAAAUGUCUAUAAAUUGUUUUUACACGUAACGAUGUCAACCACAAUUAGCAAUUAUACUAUUCCGUUCCUGUUUUUAUUAUAUUAAUGCAUUUUUUCCGUUUGUCAGAUAGCCUUGUACAAUUCCAAAAUACGGUAAUAACUAUAUAAUAUCUUUACAAAUAUAUAAAUACUUUUUGUAGUGCA